GGCGGCACUUCCGGUGCCCACGCGCCGCCGCCGCGCAGCUCCCGGGCCGUCACUUUGUGUAGCGCGGGGCGCGCAGGCCCGGCGUCCGGCGGCGGCUCGGCGCCCGGCGCGCACGGCCGCGCUGAGGCGUCCUCCUGAGAAGAUGGCAGCCCUGCACACGGCGCCGGGCUCUCCGGCUGCCCAGCCAGAGCGGGCGGAGGACGGGUCGGAAUGCAAUCCUGAGCAGGAGGAAGAGGAGGAAGAGGAGAAGGGGGAAGAGGCGGAGGAGCUGGAGGAGGAGGAGAUCGAGGUGGAAGAAGAGGAAGACGAGGGCAUGGUGGAGGUGGUGGAGGAGUCGGAGGCCACCGGGCGAGGAUGGCCGGUGGAGCAGGUGGCGGUGGAGUUGCAGGAGGACCAGGACGUGGAGGUGGUAGCAGAGGAGCGGAGUCCAGUGUUGGGGACCCAGGCGCGCCUGAGCCGUGGUGGUGCCAAGUCCCCAGUUCUGCAGAAAAAGGCUCUGCAGGCCUCCCGGGUUCCAGCUGUGCUUAGGGAGGAGGAUCUGGAGGAAGAGGAGGAGGAGGAGGAGAACGAGGAGGGGGAUUUCCUGACAGCCGGGUCACAGGGGCUGGUGACCUUUGAGGACGUGGCUGUGUACUUCUCCCUGGAGGAGUGGGAAAGGCUGGCUGCUGCGCAGCGGGACCUCUACAAGGAAGUCAUGCAGGAGAACUACGGCAUCCUGGUGUCCCUGGGGUACCCCAUCCCCAAGCCGGAUCUGAUCUUCCGGCUGGAACAAGGAGAGGAACCUUGGGUCCCAGACAGCCCCCGUCCUGAGGAGGGAGACAUUGUCACUGGCGUCUAUACAGGUGCCUGGUUCUGGACCGACGACAUGGAGGACCACGAGGAGGAGGACGAGGAGGACUUCCUGGCAGAGGUAGCCGAGGAGGAGAGCGAGCCCCCCGGGCUGUGGUCGGCGGCCUAUGGUGUGGGGGACGUGCCCGGGACGUGGGGCCCUGACGACUCGGAUUCGGGACAGACCUCGGAGGGCUGGGGACUCGACCCCGGGGGUCUCGGGGCCCUGGCCGAGGGGUCGGAGGUGAAGCCCUUCCUGUCUGGCCAGGAGCCGGGCGUGAACCUGCUGGCGCCUUGGGCGUUCCCAGGCGAAGUGGCUGACCAGGCGGGGCGGCCCGAGACCACGUGCGACGUGUGCGGCAAAGUGUUCCCGCACCGGUCCCGCCUGGCCAAGCACCAGCGCUACCACGCGGCCGUCAAGCCCUUCGGCUGCGACGAGUGCGGCAAGGGCUUCGUGUACCGCUCGCACCUGGCCAUCCACCAGCGCACGCACACGGGCGAGAAGCCCUUCCCGUGCCCGGACUGCGGCAAGCGCUUCGUCUACAAGUCGCACCUGGUCACGCACCGGCGCAUCCACACGGGCGAGCGGCCCUACCGCUGCGCCUUCUGCGGCGCGGGCUUCGGGCGCCGCUCCUACCUGGUCACGCACCAGCGCACGCACACGGGCGAGCGGCCCUACCCGUGCCCGCACUGCGGCCGCAGCUUCAGCCAGAGCUCGGCGCUCGCGCGGCACCAGGCGGUGCACACGGCCGACCGGCCGCACUGCUGCCCCGACUGCGGCCAGGCCUUCCGCCUCCGCGCGGACUUCCAGCGCCACCGGCGCGGCGGCGGCUGCUCCGAGCCCAGCGGCGACGGCCCCCGGCGGGAGCCCGGCGACGCGGUGUUGGCCGAGGAGGCCGAGGCGGGGCCCGAGGGACCUGGUGCCGGUGAGGCGGACGCAGAGGCCAAGGCAGAGGCGAGAGAGGAGGCGGAGGCGCCCGCCCCCCAGGGCCAGGAGGACCCCAAGCCGGGCCGGCGCUUCCUGGAGGUGGGCAACGGCCUGGGCGCGGGCGCGGGCUCCUCCUCGCACCCGCUCGGCUUCCACUUCCCCGUUCAUCCCAAGUCCUGGCUCCACCCGGACGGCUUUCCGGUCCUGGGCCUCCCGGACUUCAGGGAGCGGCUGCCGGCCGAGGGGCGCCCCCUGCCCGGACCCCUAGGGGCCCGGCUCUCCCUGGUGGAGGGCGCCGGGCUGGCCAGCGACCCUUUCCGCGCGGGCAGCGGGCCGGGGGGCGGCGGCGCGGGGCUGCGGGCGUUCGGGCCGGGCGCCGGGGGGCUGCUGGCCGAGCCGGCGCCCGCGGCGCUGCCCGAGGAGGAGAGCCCGUGGAUCUGCUCGGACUGCGGCAAGACGUUCGGGCGCCGCGCCGCCCUGGCCAAGCACCAGCGCUACCACGCGGGCGAGCGGCCGCACCGCUGCGCCGACUGCGGCAAGAGCUUCGUGUACGGCUCGCACCUGGCGCGCCACCGGCGCACGCACACGGGCGAGCGGCCCUUCCCGUGCCCCGAGUGCGGCGCCCGCUUCGCCCGCGGCUCGCACCUGGCGGCGCACGUGCGCGGCCACACCGGCGAGAAGCCCUUCGUGUGCGGCGUGUGCGGCGCGGGCUUCAGCCGGCGGGCCCACCUGACCGCCCACGGGCGCGCGCACACGGGCGAGCGGCCCUACGCGUGCGGGGAGUGCGGCCGCCGCUUCGGGCAGAGCGCGGCGCUGACGCGGCACCAGUGGGCGCACGCGGAGGAGAAGCCGCACCGCUGCCCGGACUGCGGCAAGGGCUUCGGCCACAGCUCGGACUUCAAGCGGCACCGGCGCACGCACACGGGCGAGAAGCCCUUCCGCUGCGCCGACUGCGGCCGCGGCUUCGCGCAGCGCUCCAACCUGGCCAAGCACCGGCGCGGCCACACGGGCGAGCGGCCCUUCCCGUGCCCCGAGUGCGGCAAGCGCUUCUCGCAGCGCUCCGUGCUGGUCACGCACCAGCGCACGCACACGGGCGAGCGGCCCUACGCCUGCGCCAGCUGCGGCCGCCGCUUCUCGCAGAGCUCGCACCUGCUCACGCACAUGAAGACGCACCGCAACGCGGGCGCGCCCGGCCCCGCCGCCCCGGCGCCCCCGGCCCAGGCGCCCGCCAAGGGACCGCAGGGCGCCGGCGCGGCCCCCCCCGGCGAGCGGGGCAGCACCCUGCUGGAGUUCGCGGGCGGGACCAGCUUCAGCUCCGAGCCUGCGCCGUUCGUGGCGCCCUCGGGCGCCUACCGGGAGGGCGUCCUCUGAGGCCGAGGCCGAAGGUGGCGCAGCCGGCGAGGCCACCAGCCCUCCCGGCGGCCAGGGUGCCGGCUGCUGCGCCAGCCCCUCCUCUGGCCUCCGGGCUGAGGGCCCAGUCCUGGUGCGGUGCCUACCCUCAGCCCCGGCCUGGCCUCGGCCCGCCCUCCUGCCCGACAGCCCGGCUUGUGGGAGCGCACACGGAGGAGGCGAGGGCGGGCGGCCACCCGGACCAAGAUGGCACCACCCCCAGUCGGUGCCGUGAAGCCGGGGGUAGGGUGCCAGGCCAUGUAUUUAUUUCACUCGGGGUCUGACUUGGGGCCUCAGAACAGGUAGCCGAGGCGUCUGUAACCGGGCCUUACAGCGAGAGGGGAAGCCCUUUGUCGGGGGGCGGGCGGCGGGAAGGCCAAGCAGGGCUGCUCAUGGGUUUGCUGCCGUCCUCCGCCCUCAGCGAGAGGCUUAGGGACCUUCUAGUCACUCAAGUACCAACAGGAGUUAAGGCUGCCCUCGGGGAAGCCGUGCGGUUCCGGUGCCGAAGGACCACGUUCCUACACCACUGCCCUCCCACCCCCCGCCCUAGGGUGGAGCUGCAGCUGAGAAAGUUGAUUUAUUUCCAUCUCCACGGCCCAAAGAAUCGGGGAGGAGGGAAGCCAGAACCCUAAUCUGUGGCCCCGGGGUGGGCGGGCCCCAGGUGUCCGCAGGCCCGGAGAGUUUAAAGCCUUAUUCUCGGGGUCACCCGCCCUCCGUGCCCCACUGGAGCACCAAGGUGGGCCAGGUGCUAGUCCCGCCGGUCGCUUCACUCUCCGCCUUCCUCUGAGUUCUUGGUGCUCACCUCCGGCCCUGAGGCGGCUCACUCAGAGAUCCGGGGCCUGGGCCCCAGCCUUCACCCCUCCGACUGCCAUCUCUCCUGGGGUCAGUGGCACACGAGGCCCAGCCCGGGGCUCACUUAGAUGUAAUAACCAGUGUCACGUGACUGAGGUCGGUGCCAAGAUCAUUCCAACACCCACUAUCAGGGCCCAAGACACCUGCAGGUCCCUCUAACCCCGCUUCUCCUGACUCCACGGGGGAAGCAGACGGUUUCUGCUCAGAUGCCCCUCGCAGAGUGGGCAGUCUGCACAGUGGUGGCCACCUCUGGGGGCGUGGGCACAAACCCUUGGCUCAACAGCAAACCCAGCCGCCAACUAUGCAAGGCCCACACGUGGCCGCACCCCGUCCUCCAGCGGGCAGUAGGACCACUGGGCAGCUGGCUGAGGCACAGCUCGUGUGAGACCCCUCCCAUCCUUAGCGCCUCUGGCCUGUGCGAGUGGGACCAGAAAACAGAUUUUGUCGCAACUGCAUUCCUUUUUAGACCUAGUUCCUUCUGUUUUAGUGUAGACGUGGCCUGGGAGCCAGCAGCCGAGCUGCGGGGCUGGGAGUAGGAGGCCCAGUAGUCAGUGGGUGGGGAGAGGCCUGGGUGGCGGUGGUAUGAAUUAGCCGGGCUGGGUGGGGGGUGGUGGUAAGGAGGGCAGGGUGCUGGCCCCUGGCCUCUCCUCCCUGUGGGAAAGGGGCCUCAGAAAGGGCCACGGCACCUUGGGCUGGCCCCACGUGGCUGGGGUCUGGCUCCGUGCUGUUCCUCCUGGCCCCAGCUGCUUCUGCCCUGCUCCAGGCCACGGGCAGGAGGACCGAGCUUUAAUAAAGACGAGAAACAAGCUUUCUGACUGAAUUCCGUGUUGUUGCCGCUCCUGGCUGCCCUUGGGGAGGCUCUGAGAGGCCUCGGGCCCAUGUGGUUUCCGAAAACAUUUUCUAGGAGUUUUUCUUUCAGGAAACCAGGAUUGGUCCAUGAGGAGCCAGCCCCGGGUGAGCUCUGACCCUGCUGCCUGUGUCCACCACGUGUUGCUGGGAGUUCCCAACUGCCACAGAGUCCUGUAAUACACUCAGCUAUAUGGGGACAGUAUUGUGUUUAGGGUCGUUUGGGCCAGCCUUCCCAUGGGCCCCCUCCUGGUGGUCCAGAAACGUGCCUGAGUCACAGACCCCACCUCAGAGGCCCCAGCGCCAUCCAGGGUCCCCUGCUCUGUGCCAGGGCAAAGGGUGCCUCCCGCAGGGCCCUAAGCACCUACCUUUAACUGAUUUAUUGACUUCGCAGCACAUGGUGUCCCCCAGACCCGGUCUGACCCUCCCAUCCUCUCCCCAUGGAUUUGAAAAUAUGAACUGUGUAGUAAACUCCGUUUUCAAAUGUGAUUUGGGGGCAUCAGAACAGAACCAAGAUUUCAGAUUUAAUGAAAAAGACUAGUCCAAAGGACAGCCUUGAGGAUCUUAAAUAGUCUGUUCAGAAAGAUAAAGUAUUCCCUGCUGGAGCUUGCCAUUGGCCAGCCAAGUUUUUGUUUUUUGUUUUUAUCUUAGUGGGGAGGGCCGGGGGGGCUUCAGUCUUGUUGGUCAUAGACAAAAAGGCAGCCUUCCUGGUUGAGAGAGGACUUCCGAGUUUCUGGAGUCCUGAUUCAUUCCGAGAAUGCCAGUUGAGCAUCUCCCAUCAUUGCCAAGGAGGGAUGGAUGCCCGUGAGAGGUGACCCAUGAGAGGUGGCCCAUGAGAGUCAGAGCUCCUGAGCACCCCUCUUGCCUCCACCUACACUCGUUACUUUCCUGUUCUCACCACUCACAUUCCCCCAACCUCCUCCCUUUCUCUGGACCCACAUCAUCUCACACAUUUCCUCUGUCCCUUCUUUCCUUUCUUUAAUUGGCUAUAUAUGGAAUAAAGCAUUUUGAAAUUUUGGUUAUAUUUAUUAAAUAAAGCUUUAUGAUCCUUGUUCAUUA